UUUUACUUCCUCGCACAGUAAUUCGUCUUUUCUCAUGUAACAAGCCUUCUUUUCUUCUCUCUUCCAUUCGAACGCUGAAUACAAACCCUAACCCUAGCUGUGCGAUUCUAUACAUGGACGCUCUUGAAUCGAACCCUAAUCCUCCGCCGUUCCUUCCGUCCGAAACAGUCGCUUCGUACGAUCAUAACCCCACCCCACCGGCGGCGGAAAGCUUUGCAUCGGAUUUCCAGAAGCCGUAUGAGCAAACUGCGAAUUUCGGUUUUCAGAAUUCUUCGAACACCCUAGCUUCGGAUGGUCAAAACGUUAACGGUCAACCCCAAUCUGCUACUGGGAAUGGCAACGAGAACGGAUUGGAUAACAGUCAGGGCGGUGUCGGCAGCAAUAGCAAUUCGAAGCCUUUGAGUGUGAAGCCGUUAAUUUCUGAAAACGCCGGGACCAACAAUACCCAAAGUGGCACUGACAGGGAUCACUCUGGUGGGGAAGAGGAAACUACAAGCAAACGUCGCCGCCGGAGUCGAUGGGAUCCGCAACCUGAUUCCAAUGACCAGAGUGGCGGUGAAACAGGUGGCGGAACGAAGAAGAGGAAGUCACGUUGGGCUGAUGAUGAGCCGAAGCCUGUGAUUCAGCUUCCUGAUUUCAUGGGCGGUAUUGAGUUUGAUCCUGAAAUUCAAGCUUUGAACAGUAGGCUUCUUGAGAUUAGUCGAAUGCUGCAAUCUGGUCUACCUCUAGACGAUCGCCCUGAAGGUGCUAGAUCUCCUUCACCUGAACCUAUAUACGAUAACAUGGGAAUUAGAAUAAACACCAGGGAAUAUCGUGCCCGUGAAAGAUUGCAAAAGGAGAGGCAAGAAAUCAUUUCUCAGAUUAUCAAGAAAAACCCCGCAUUCAAGCCGCCUGCCGAUUAUAGGCCGCCGAAGCUUCAGAAGAAGCUAUAUAUACCAAUGAAAGAAUAUCCCGGUUACAACUUUAUAGGGCUUAUUAUUGGUCCUCGAGGCAACACACAGAAGCGGAUGGAAAGAGAAACUGGUGCUAAAAUUGUGAUCCGGGGUAAAGGGUCAGUAAAAGAGGGUAGACUGCAACAGAAGAGGGAUUUGAAACCUGACCCGUCAGAGAAUGAAGAUUUGCAUGUCCUUGUGGAGGCAGAAACACAAGAAUCACUUGAUGCUGCCGCAGGUAUGGUGGAGAAGCUUUUGCAGCCUGUGGAUGAGGUGUUGAAUGAGCAUAAGAGGCAACAGCUUAGGGAACUUGCAGCAUUGAAUGGUACAAUUAGGGAUGAAGAAUAUUGCCGGCUGUGUGGGGAGCCUGGCCAUCGCCAAUAUGCAUGUCCUACACGUACUUCUACAUUUAAGAGUGAAGUGGUCUGUAAGCACUGUGGUGAUGGUGGUCACCCAAGCAUAGACUGUCCAGUGAAGGGAGCCACUGGCAAGAAGAUGGAUGACGAGUAUCAGAACUUUUUGGCAGAGCUGGGAGGGACAGUUCCAGACUCAGCAAUAAAGCAGAACAACACGUUGGCAAUUGGUUCAGGCAAUUCUGGAAGCAAUCCUCCUUGGGCUAACAAUUCCGGAUCUACUGGUGGAACAUCACAAGCAGGCUUAGGGGCUAAUCCAGUUAAAAAGGAAAUCGAUGAUACAAAUUUGUAUAUUGGGUAUUUGCCUCCCACUCUCGAUGAUGAUGGUCUGAUCCAAUUGUUUCAACAAUUUGGUGAGAUUGUUAUGGCAAAAGUCAUAAAAGACCGGAUGACUGGGUUGAGUAAAGGAUAUGGGUUUGUCAAGUAUGCUGAUGUCCAAAUGGCGAAUAAUGCAAUUAUGGCGAUGAAUGGCUAUCGCCUGGAGGGCAGAACCAUUGCAGUGAGAGUUGCUGGUAAGCCUCCUCAGCCUACUGUACCUCCUGGCCCGCCAGCAUCAGCCAUGCCCACAUAUCCCAUUUCAAGCCAGCCAGUUGGUGCCUAUCCAUCCCAACAAUAUGCUACUGGUGGUCCUCUCGGUACUGCACCCCCUGGAAGUUAUGCCGGUGCCCCAGUUCCAUGGGGGCCUCCCGUUCCUCCGCCAUAUACUCCUUAUGCUCCUCCCCCACCUGGAUCAACUAUGUACCCUCCUAUUCAAGGUCAAUCUAUGCCUCCAUAUGGUGUUCAGUAUCCUCCAGUCCAGACGGCUCCUCCAGGUGCCCCAUCCCAGCCUACAACUUCUAGCGAAUCACAACAAAGUUUUCCUCCAGGAGUGCAGUCUGACAGUGGUACCUCUACUCAAUCAACAUCGGCAAAUAUUUUUGGGAGUUCACUACCUGCUAUGCUAUCGACUGCUCAACCUACAUAUGCUACAUCUUAUGGUUAUCCGCCUUACUAUGGUGCGGUUCCCCCUCCGCCUCCCCCACCUAUCACAACUUCAGGCCAUAUGCCUUGGGCUGCCAAUCCUACAGUGCCGCCUCCUGCGUCAACUGCAGAGAAGACGGGAUAUGGUGCAGAUCAGUCUCAGAGCAUAGGAAAUGUGCCUUGGGCCACAAAUCCUCCAAUGCCACCCCCUACUUCAACUGCAGAGAAGACAACAUAUGGUGCAGAUUCAGAGUAUGAGAAGUUCAUGGCAGAGAUGAAAUGAUCUGUUUGGUGUGAAGUCAUGCCUUCAAGUUCUGGAAGGCUUGAUGUUUCUGGGAGCUCUUCUGAACCUGAUUUCUUAACCUCUUGCCAUGACUUUCUUGGAAGUUUGGGACUCACUUCUUUAACCUUGUUGUGCUCUUAUGACAUUUGCAGAGAUUUCACCUAAAAGUUCAGGAGUCUUCAUGCAGGAGAGACUAUCAAAGGGGCUUUCUGUUGUUAUGAUUAUUGUUGUCUUUGCUUACCUUGUUGGACUUACGCAUUCUUAUUUUUCUUUAUAUUGCUUAGUGAUUCAUACAGGAAUGUCUGGUUGCUAAAGUUUUCUUCUGAUAGUAACCUUUUUGGUAGCUGGUUUCUUCUGUUAAACGUAGAUACAUUUCUCAUUUAAAUCAUUUUCGUUUAUUAAAAAUGUAUUCUAACUUAUUUGUAAUUUAUAUCGCAAGUGUCUUUGUUUUGACGGUUUUAGUUCUUUUAAUUGCCUGGUGCUGAGGCUGCCUUGUAGGUGUAAUAUGAUCCCAAAGAUGACCCUGCUUUUUCAUUUGAACAUUUGGGAUUUGUGGAUAGAUGCCUGUCUAAAGAUAACUUGAUCCAUUUGCCAAAUUCGUUGUUACUAAAAGUUCCAGCAUGUUCUGUAAAGAAAAUUCCAUUCUAUAGAUGUUAAAUGUCAGACUGUGGCACACAUGCUUGUUUUACUUCACUUAAAUUGACUUGACAUGAUGUUAUGAUCACCAAAUUCUGGAUGAUACAGGCAAAUAUCAGGUGAUGGCAUUUGUUUCUGAAGUGAUUCCUUGUUAUUGGCAUAAGUUGAAGGGUGAGGCCAAUAUUAUUAUUGAUAGCUUUCUUUGACUUGUCUUCACACCCUAGGUUACCCUGUAAUGCUGGGCAAAGAUUGGAAGUGAAUGAUUAAAGAAUUCGAGUCUUGGAGUCUUUUCUAAUAUCCUGAAGGAUGUCUGCUCAUAUGGAUUCAAACUUUUGGGUUUCACUGUGGUUCGUGAUAUCUUAGUUUUUCUCACUGGUCUGUAUAUGCUGGAGCCAUGCUAGCACACUAGUGUGUUUGGCAGAGAAGAAGUGCUAACUCUAUAGAAUUUAUUUCUUUAUUUAAACUGCUGAGCCUUCUAAAAUUAGUGCCAUGCUUAGCCUAUGAUACUUGUCUUGAAUAAUAAAUGGGUAUAUUGUGUCCUUACCUUUACUA